ACAAUCUCCUGACUCAUGCAGCUGAAUGCUGGGGAUAAUUCUGUCUUGUACUGGCCUGCUGAGCUAUAUACAGCAGUUCCAAGUAGGCCCUUCUUUCCAAGGGGCUUUCUGUGGGACGAAGGUUUUCAUCAAUUGCUAAUCUGGCGUUGGGAUAUAUACAUUAGCUUGGAUAUCAUUGGACAUUGGCUGGAUCUGAUGAAUAUUGAUGGAUGGAUUCCGCGCGAGCUAAUCUUAGGUGCUGAAGCCUUAAGUAAGGUCCCAGAAGAAUUUGUUCUUCAGCAUCCAACUAAUGGAAAUCCGCCGACAUUGUUUUUGGCCUUGCGCGAUGUGAUUUCCAACCUGAAGAAAGAAAAGUUUGCUGCUGCUGAAGCCAGUGAUAUCUCUGUCUUCUUGGACCGGGCAUUUGUUCGGCUUGAAGCAUGGUUCAAAUGGUUUAACACAACCCAGUCUGGGAAGGAACUGGGCAGCUAUUACUGGCAUGGAAGAGAUGCUGCUACGAUCCGUGAACUAAAUCCUAAGACAUUAUCCUCUGGACUGGAUGAUUAUCCACGUGCAUCUCACCCAAAUGAAGAUGAACGGCAUGUGGAUCUUAGAUGCUGGAUGCAUCUUGCAGCAGAUUCCAUGCAUUCAAUUGCAGAGCUUCUGAAGAUGGAUAAAGAUGUUGAAAAGGAGUAUGGCUUUACUGCAAAGAUGCUCUCAGAUUUUGAACUUCUUAACAAGAUGCACUUAGACAGUGCCAAUGGAGCUUAUUGUGAUUAUGGAAAUCAUACAGAAAAGGUUCAAUUAACUUGGAAAAUACUGGAGACUGGCAGCAAUUACCCAAGGCGAGAGCUCGUACGAAAAGUCCUAGAAAAGCCUGUUUUACAAUUGGUUCCUCAUCUUGGUUAUGUGAGCCUUUUCCCAUUUAUCCUCAGGCUUAUUCCACCGGAUUCAUGGAUACUUGAUAGACAGCUUGACCUUAUCUCUAAUAGGAGCAUUUUGUGGACUGAUUAUGGGCUGAGAUCCUUAUCCAAAACAAGCUCCAUGUAUAUGAAACGAAACACAGAGCAUGACCCUCCGUAUUGGAGAGGGCCAAUCUGGAUACCCUUGAAUUAUUUGAUUGUUUCCUCACUUCAUCACUACUCUCAAGAGCCUGGACCAUACAGAGAAAGAGCCAAAACCAUCUACAAUGAUUUGAGGAGCAAUUUGAUGAGAAAUAUAGUUGGGAACUAUCAGCGGACAGGGUAUCUGUGGGAACAAUAUGAUCAGAAGAAAGGGAAAGGAAAAGGUGCACGCCUGUUUACUGGAUGGACAGCCACUGUGCUAUUGAUCAUGGCAGAAGCUUACCAUGAAGUUUAGUGAUGGUAAUAUCAAACUAAUGGAGCCAAAACAAUCAUUUUUGACAUUCUGCAUUUAUAUGUAUACUACAACUAGUAAUAGUAUUUUUGAUAAUCCAUCGAUAUCCGAGAAUGCAUUUUACUAAAGAAUUUAGAGGUAACUUAUUUGGUUCGCCCAUGAGAUUGAUAAAAGAGUUUAAUGUUGGCAUACUGCAAAAGUGAGUUGGGACGAGCUAAUUAGGACAUACUCCUACACCUCAAUACCAAGCAAGCCCGUUAAGCUAUAUGAAUCCCUAUUAACCAUGAUGUGCCAAUUCAGUUCAUAUUGGUCACAUAUUAAUCUGCAGUGUGAGAAUUCACCAUGAAUUGAUUAGCUUUAUGCUGGCUCAUCUUUUGUUCGAGCUUGUGAUGGGCAAUGUGAUAAUUCAAAUUGCUAAACGAUUGGCCUAAUUGUGCUAUAACAUUAGUUUACAUAACAUCUACAAAUUCUAGAAAUUCGAAUUUGUUACACUAGUUAAAUUUGUUGUUUAGAUUUGUGUAAUUCAUGUUAGAAGUUAAAUUGAGCGAGAUAAGCAAACAUGAUUUCUUUUAAGCCUUA